GUCACUCUGCAUAGAGCAUUACGACCUGCAGACACAAUUCCUAUGUUUGUCACAGUGUAUCAUGUUGGUGAGGAGUUACUCUGUGGAUAAUUGGCGGUAGCACGCCGGCUGAUUUGCAAGAUUACGAUUUUUUUUAAAAAAAAUUGAUUUAAUUUGCGCUACCGCGGAGUGAGACAGUUGGAGCUUCGAGGGCGCUCCGUGUUUCCAAAGCCCAAAAUAGAAAUAGUCGCUGUCAGGAGGACUACUGUUUUGUUGAUGUCAUCCGUGGCAGAGCUGUAGCGACCUUCAGUUUCUAGACAAGAAAACAAAGACGUGUUUUUGUCUUUUUUUAAACCCCUCUCCUUUGUUUUGUCAGUGGCAAUAGGAACGAAGAUGGGACUAUUGCUCCGCGGCAUCCUGCUGUUAUCGGCUUGCACUUUCACAGCAGGUGUAGAUUUUCAGCUGGGCUCCAAGCCCCUCGGGCAGUCAGGUUUUGUGAGGCGUUCAAACACUGAAGGGAAAGCUGCGAAAAUCGUAAAGAGGUCUCUUCCCGCAUGGCUGGCUCCAUCACCAAACCACAAGAUAAAAAGACGAAGCACCGAAGAGGACGACUCGUGUAAAGCUCUUCAAGGAUAUGUCACCAAGUUGGACGCCAACACCCACGAUUUUGAAUUCCAUGACCUGAGUGGCUCGGUGUCGCUGGCUUGGGUUGGAGAUGGCACAGGGGUUAUUCUGGCCUUGACGACAUUUCAGGUCCCGUUCUUCAUGGUAAAACUUGGACAGUCGAAACUCUAUCGAAGUGAGGACUACGGCAAGUCAUUUCAGGAUGUAACCGGCCUCAUCAACAACACCUUCAUAAGAUCAGAGUUCGGCAUUGCAAUCAGCCCCAAUAACUCAGGCAAAGUGAUUCUGACAGCUGAAGUGUCUGGAGACCUCAAGACCCGCAUUUUUGUCUCUGAGGACUUUGGAAAGAGCUUCACCGACCGGAACUUGCCUUUCAACCCCUUGACGCAGAUCACGUACAACCCUGAGAAUUCCAGUGUGCUGGUUGUCCUCAGCAACGACUAUGAGCUGUGGCUGUCUGAAGACUUUGGCGUAAAUUGGAAAAACAUUCACAGAAUGGUGUGUCUGGUAAAAUGGGGAAGAAAAAAUACAAUCUACUUUACAGCCAGCCUCAACAGCUCCUGCAGUGAUCGAGGUAUGCUGGAACUGAGGAGGACGACCAACUACGGCAAAACCAUCAAGACUGUUGCCAGUAAGAUCUACUCUUUUGGCCUUGGCGGACGCUUCCUCUUUGCAUCAGUAAUGACGGGAAAGGGCACUCUGCGGACAAUCCACGUGUCAGUGGAUCAGGGUGAUAGUUGGAACAUUGCCCAGCUGCCUCCUGUUGGUCAUGAGCAGUUCUACUCUAUCCUGGCAGCGAACGAUGAAAUGGUCUUCAUGCAUGUCGACGAGCCAGGAGAUACUGGAUUUGGUACAAUCUAUGUGUCAGACGACCGAGGUACUGUGUAUUCCAAGUCACUGGAGCGCCACCUUUACACCACUACGGGGGGAGAUACAGACUUCACUAAUGUUACUUCUCUACGAGGAGUUUUUAUCACCAGCAUCCUGGCUGAAGAUAACUCUGUGCAGUCUGUGGUGUCCUUUGACCAGGGAGGGGAGUGGGUACCCCUCCAGAAACCUGCCAACAGCAAGUGUGAUGCUACAGCCAAGGACCCAGACAAGUGCAGUCUUCACAUCCAUGCUGCCUACAGUACUUCUCAGAAGCUCAACAUCCCCAUGCUCCCUCUGACUGAACCAAAUGCUGUGGGUCUCAUCAUAGCUCACGGAAGUGUUGGUGAUGCUAUCUCCGUGAUGAGACCAGAUGUGUAUGUGUCUGAUGAUGGUGGCUAUACCUGGAUAAAGGCUCUUGAUGGACCCCAUCACUAUGCUAUUCUGGACUCGGGAGGUCUGCUGGUGGCCGUGGAGCACAGCGUGACAAACCCUGUCAACAAGAUUAAAUUCUCUACUGAUGAAGGACAGUGCUGGAAUGAGUACAACUUCACCAAAGAUCCCAUCUUCUUUACUGGGCUUGCAUCAGAGCCAGGAGCACGUUCUAUGAAUGUUAGUAUCUGGGGCUACAGAGACUCUUACCUCAGCCAGUAUUGGACCUCGUUUACCAUUGACUUCAAAGAACUUCUUACUAGAACAUGUGGAGACGAUGACUAUGUGCAGUGGUUGGCCCACUCUGAUGAUAUCAGUGAUCCCAAUGAUGGUUGCUUGCUGGGCUACAAAGAGAAGUUCUUGCGUCUAAGGAAGGACUCUGUUUGCUGGAACGGGCGCGAUUACAUAAUCAACACCCAGCCAACCCCGUGUUUAUGCACCCUGGAUGACUUCAUGUGUGACUUUGGGUACUACCGUAAAGAGAACAGCUCGGAGUGUGUGGAGCAGCCGGACCUGAGAGACAAAGUGUUGGAGUUCUGUCUGCAGGGCAAAGAGGAGCAGUUGCAGACUAGUGGCUACAGGAAAAUCCCUGGGGAUAAAUGUGAAGGAGGAGAGGUGCAUAUGCGUAAAGAGAUCGACCUCAGCAAGAGAUGUGUGAGUGACCUAGUCGGCCCGGAACUUCUGGUGGACAAUAAGGCCUCCAAGUCUGUGCCCGUUGUGAUAACAGUUGUCAUAGUCCUGAUUCUGAGUAUUGCAGUAGGAGUAGUCUUUGUCAAGAAAUAUGUCUGCGGUGGCAGGUUCUUGGUUCACAGGUACUCUGUGCUACAGCAGCAUGUUGAGGCCAAUGCUGCUGAUGGGAUAGACGAACCGCUGGAGACCAACCACACUCAAAAUGGCAAAAUAGAGUUUCAUGAUGACUCAGAUGAGGAUCUGCUUGAAUAGCAGGCACAACCUGUCAAGCAACUGAGCAACAGGUUUCUUACAGGGCCCCGCGACCUGCCGCUGUUCCUGCCGCUCUUUUUGUCUCCAGAUACUUUCCUUUUCACCUUUUAGUAUAAACUUUGGCCUUGGCUACAGAUGAAGAAUCUGUCCUUCUGCUGUCAUUGGUUCAGCCUGAUGAAUGUACAGAGGCUCUCUGAGACUAAUGCCACAGUUGAGGAGCAUUACAACGAAGGUCUUACUGUGUUUUGCUUCAGUUAUUGAUUCUGUUGAGUGAGUUUGAAUCCCAAAGUUAUUUAUUUUUAGGAGAUAAAGAAAUUAUGCCGUAAUCUAAAGCUGGUUGUAUAAAUCCAUCGCCACCGCAUUACGGGUUCUCCCUCUCUAUCACCUUGGAGUGCACCUGGAAAUAUUUCACACUUCUUUUCUCAUGCACUUGUACAUAAACCUGUUUUUCUUUGCCAUUUUUUGAUGUGGUAUCAGUUUGGUAAGUUUUUAAAAAACAAAAA